AUGCCGAAUCUAGUCUUCAAGGGCGCUGACCCGAUCCAGCUCUGCCACCUGGUCACACGCCCCGCUCAUUCGAUCAUCAACCAAGCUUUCGAUUCACGCUUACGUCUCGAUGCGACUCGCGCUGUCAACGGUGACGGCUUCGGCGUAGGAUGGUACGACUCCACACCAGAUCCUGAGCUGGGCAACGCUCCCUGCAUCUUUACCUCGGUGACACCAGCGUGGAACAACCAGAACCUACAAAGGAUCGCAGAGAAGAUCAAGUCACCUCUUGUCUUUGCCCACGUGCGAGCCUCGACUGCUGGAGCGCUGUCCGAGACCAACUGCCACCCCUGGCGAUACGGACGACUCAUGUGGAUGCACAAUGGCCAGAUCUCGGAGUUCACCAAGAUCAAACGCAAGGUUCUCGCCUCACUCCCCGAGCCACUCUUCCUCUUUCCGCAAGGACAUACCGACUCGGAAUUCGCCUUCGCCGUCUUUCUCAGCCAUCUCCACGACCCGCUCCAGACAGAGCCCUUCUCGUACAAAGAGUUGCGGGAUGCAAUGCUGGCCACCAUCCACGAUUUCAACACAUGGUCACGCGAAGCAGGAAUUCGAGAACCGAGCCUGAUGAACUUUUGCGUCACCGAUGGCCAGAGCAUCAUUUGCACCCGCUACGUCUCCAGCAAACACGACCAAGCUGCCUCGCUCUACUUUUCGUCCGGCACAAGCUUCUACGAGCAUUCACCCGGGACUUACAGGAUGGUCAAGACGGAUAAGAGGGAGAAGAUCAUCGUGGUGGCGAGCGAGCCUCUGACGUUCGAGAAGGCGGACUGGAUGGAGAUACCGACGAACACGCUGGUGUGCAUCACGCCAAAGAUGAAUGUGUUGCAGUUGCCCAUCGUGGAUGAGUAUGCAUUGGGGAAGGGGGAUCAGACGGUGAGGAGUCCGACGUUUGCGAUCAAGACGGGCUACCCACCGAGUAUGUCUGGCGCAACAGCGACGGGAGCCGGGGGAGGUGUGGGCAUUGUGGGAGACGAUCCGAGUUUGUCGAUUGGCAGCUUGAGAUCACCGUCAAGAGGUCCUACGGCUGUACGCUGA